GAAGGUGCGUGACUGCACUGGGACGGAGACAUUAUAGGAACACUUUCAGCCACGGAGGCAUCGUUUACACUCACGUCCCCGAGGAGAGAAGGAGGGAAACAAACACCGGAGAAAGGACAGGACCGACUCUUCCCGUGGAUUGCUGAAAACCAAACAUGGCGUCUUUAUCCUUGAAGCACAAAUCCCUUUUCCCUGCGCUCCUCCUCUUCUUCUUCUCCUCCGUGCCUCUCACCUGUUUGUGUCAGGCCGCCAACAGCAGCUCAACCAGUUCCACGAUAAACAUUAAAACCACAUCCCCUCCGUCCUCAAACGAUACCUCCCUGAAGGGAGUGCGAGGCUGUGGGAACGGACUGCAUCCCAUCUACAGGUACCUGUGUGACCGCAGGGCAGCAUGGGGGAUUAUUCUGGAGACAUUAGCGUCUGCAGGCUUCCUCUUCAGCAUGGGUCUCCUGUUAGGCCUCCUGUGCUGGUACAUUUGGCUCUGUGCCUCGUCUAAACGUCAGCGCAGCAGCAUCGGAGGCACGGUGGCCUGCACCUCCUUGUUCUUGUUCGCCACAGCGGGGGUCUUUGCGUUGACCUUCUCCUUCAUCAUCCGUCUCACCGAUCAGACCUGCCCCACCAGGAUCUUCCUCUUCAGCGUGCUCUUCUCGCUGGCCUUCUCCUGCCUGCUGGCCCGCUGUCUCGCCCUGCUGGGUUUCGCAGCGGCUCGGGGUUGGGGAGAACCUGCCGUGGCCUUGGGGCUCUUCACCGUGCAGGUAAUCAUCUCCACGCAGUGGCUGAUCCUCGUGCUGGUCCGGGACAAGAGGCCUUGCGAGUACAGCCAGGCGGAGUUUGCCAUGCUGCAGAUCUACGUGCUGUGCAUCCUGAUGAUCAGCUUCAUCCUCUCCAUGCACUUCCUGCGCCGCUCCUGCUCCACAUACUCGUACAGCUACACGGGACCCGCAAACGUGCAGGGGAGGGUUCAGGCCUCGGUGGUGUUCCUCACACUGCUGCUCUCCGUCUGCAUCUGGGUGGUGUGGAUCACGAUGCUCACCAGAGGAAAUCCCGAGAAGGGACGCCGGCCGCAGUGGGACGACCCGGUGCUCAGCAUCGCACUGGUGGUCAACGGCUGGGUGUUACUGAUGGGGCACGGGCUUUCCCAGGUUUCCUUCCUCUGCAGGGGGGAGGGCAAGUCCAAGGACGCCCCUCUGAGCUUCGCUGGGUGGACGAGCCCCAGCGCUGACAUAACAGGGCUGGAGAGUCAGAAGGAAGGAAGAGAAAACGGAAGCUUUGAGAACGACAGCGAGAACAGGAGAGGCAGGAGAGGCGAUCCGUCGCUGCGGUCACCGUACGAGUCUGGAUUCUCCAUGACAGAAAUCGACACCGACAAGGAUUACACCAUUCCUCGCCCUCAGUCCACCAACUACGGGGAACCUUAUGAUGAAUAUUAGGGACGUGAUAUUUUAAGUAUUUGACAUUUGUUUUUUGGGGUUUUUUUGCAUCAUUUUUUUUUUUUUUUUUAAAGAAAUGUUAUUUCAAAUCCGCCUGGAUUUUAAAAUGAUCUGCCACGAAGAGAAGAAAGAAAGAAAUGACUCAUCUCUGCUACGACCUGGAUCUGCUGAUGGGAAAUCCACAUGGCAGAUAUGUAAUGGUCCCUGUGGUGAGACGGGUCUCUGUGAAAGUGCCAAACUGCUGAACAGGGCAGAACAAUCUGGAGAUAGAGAGAGGGAGGAGGGAUGAAAGGAGACAGGAUGAGAGGAGAAGGGGAGGAGACGGGACACAAAGAAAUGUCAGGACUGAGGACGGCGCGUGCCGUCGCUCAUUAACGUCCUCAUAUUCAAAGGAACAGCACUGCGGCGCCAGAAAUAGCACCUGACCUCUCUUUACACUGGAAACAGUGCAAACACUCGAGAAUACUGAAACAUCAGCGCCCUUCACAGAGGCGGGAGGUCAGGCUUUCGUUUUUGUAUUAGGCCACGUUUAUUGUUAGAGGAUUCUGUUCUGGAGUCAAAGUGUAACAGCAUUUCUCUACUGACACAUUUAAAACAUGGUGCACGAGCUCCGGCACUGACUGCUCUAUAUUCAAAUACAAGAAUGAGGAUUUAAAGAUAAUGUAUGGAUUACGUCAUUCUUUUUUAAAACUGGACCAAUUAAAUACAAGAGCUGCAACGGUAUAAUUAUUCUGCUUCAUAAAACUGUUGUAGAACAAUAAUUCUCAUAAGAAUACGACUGGUUCUGAUAUCUGAUAUUACAAAAAAGAGUAUAAUAUUGAUCAUAAAGGCUCAGAUGUGCUAUACGGCAGAAAUUGUGUAUUUGAGUACGCUUAAUAAAAUGAUGUCUACUCUGUGUCACUGUGCAGUUUGGUCCAAGUCGUGAUCUUGAUCUGAAUCAACACUGUGGGAAACUGAGCAGCCUUGUCAGAAGUGUUGCUCUCUCUUUAUUUCAUAUGCGUUUGUAUGAAAAGUGUUAAAUAAAAUAAUAAAAAGGUUUGUGAUAAAA